AUGAGCACCACAAUUGACAAACCAUAUGUACAUGAAGGAGGAAUAAGACCUUACUUUGAACAACAAAUUCAAGACACAGAGAUUGAGAUCCAGCAAAGAACUCAGAAUUUGCGUCGAUUGGAAGCACAACGUAAUAAGUUAAACAAUAGUGUGAGACAGUUGAAGGAUGAAUUGAGAUUGUUGCAAGAACCCGGCUCAUUUGUAGGUGAAGUUAUCAAAGUCAUGGGUACAAAGAAGGUGUUGGUUAAAAUCCACCCUGAAGGUAAGUACAUUGUAAAUGUCACUAAAGACAUUGAUAUCAAGAAGUUGACACCUUCAAUAAGGGUUUGUUUGAAAGCAGAUAGCCAUGACUUGUACAAGAUUCUACCAAACAAAGUCGAUCCCUUAGUGUCGUUAAUGAUGGUUGAAAAGGUACCUGACUCAACUUAUGACAUGGUUGGUGGAUUAGACAAGCAAAUUAAGGAGAUCAAAGAAGUUAUUGAACUACCAGUAAAGUAUCCCGAAUUAUUCUCAAGUUUGGGUAUAGCACAACCAAAAGGUGUAAUAUUAUAUGGACCACCAGGUACGGGAAAGACCUUAUUGGCUAGAGCAGUUGCACAUCACACUGAUUGUAAAUUCAUCAGAGUGUCGGGUUCCGAAUUGGUGCAAAAGUAUAUUGGUGAAGGUUCAAGAAUGGUUAGAGAACUUUUCGUAAUGGCAAGAGAACAUGCACCAUCUAUCAUUUUCAUGGACGAAAUUGACUCUAUAGGGUCUUCUAGAGUGGAGGGAUCAUCAGGUGGUGAUUCAGAAGUUCAAAGAACUAUGUUGGAAUUGUUGAAUCAAUUGGAUGGUUUCGAAAGUUCCAAAGAUAUCAAGAUCAUCAUGGCAACCAACAGAUUAGACAUUUUGGAUCCUGCGUUGUUGAGACCAGGAAGAAUCGAUAGAAAAAUUGAGUUUCCAGCACCAACAUUACAAGCAAGAACCGAUAUAUUAAGGAUUCACUCAAGAUCAAUGAAUUUGACUAGAGGAAUCAAUUUGAAGAAGAUUGCUGAAAAGAUGAAUGGUUCUUCUGGUGCUGAUGUCAAGGGUGUCUGUACAGAAGCUGGUAUGUAUGCAUUGAGAGAAAGAAGAAUUCAUGUAACACAAGAAGAUUUUGAGUUGGCCGUUGCAAAGGUUAUGUCGAAGAAUAAUGAAGAAGGUAUGUCGCUACAAAAGUUGUUUAAAUAG